CACACAUCUGUUUCAUUCGCGCCAAAAGAAGUAAACAAAUUAAAAAGCAACGCGAGAUGUCAACGUUAGUAGCACAAUUAAUUUCAAAAAUGGGUCUAAAUGACGAACCAAAUGUAUUAGAAAAGACAACUGAGCUGCUGCGGUUAGUGGAGUUGCGUUCGACAAAUGUUCCACUGCAAAUCAAUGAAUAUGGGAAAAUUGUUUUGUGUGCGGAUCUCGCAUCCACCCUGCUGGACAUUGGUUUCGACAAAGAGCAGGCACUUAAGCUAUCCGGACUGCGUAAAAGCCAUUAUGUCAACAACAAGCGCAUGUUUGAGAAAUUGCUGGAUCUCAACAAGCUGCCGAGUGUGAAUGAUAUUUGUGUGCAGCUCAGUCUCAACGAGGUUGCUCGAAAAUCGGAGGAACUCUUAACGUUGUUCAAGGAUAUUGCCAGCAACACGAUGCAGGAUGCAGAUCAUCCACAAUAUGCCGCCAUGGCUGUGUUUCAGGCAUGUCGUUUGCUCAAAAAGAAAGUGGCCAAAACAAAAAUUAUGCCAUUCAGCAAUUUACGCCCCACGCAGUGGCAACAGCUCGAACAUCAAUGGGAGCUCAUGAUUGAGAAACAUUACAAGGAAAUCAAUGUGGCCACCAGAUUGAAUGAUCAAGCUGAGGUGCUUCAGGAGAAAAACACCAUUGAAAAGAAGUGCCAAAUGCAUAAACCCGAAAUUGAAGAUUACGAAAAAUGGAAAUCUCGUAUGCUUGCGACAGCUGAGGCAAAGUUAAAACAAUUGGAAAGUGAGAGUGGUAGUCAAACAUCUUUAUAAGGGUUCAUAUAGUCUUAAUAAUAGUCAUUUAUAACAAAUAUUAGUUAUUACUAUUUCCUUAACAAAUGUAGUUAUUUCAACGAAGUUUUAUUUAGAAAGUGCGCAUAAAUCACUUUGCCUACAUCUUUGCGAGCUGAAAAAAAAUGUUUUAUUAUUAUACACUUCAAAAUAAAUAUGAUUAUUAUAUAGUACUAACAAUCGUAAACAAUCAUCUCCACUUCAUCUUCAGUUUCCGGCCAGCCUUUGAUAAGCUCCCUUAAGUGUUUAGCAAAUUUUAGCCAGAUUUCGCGUUUCAUUUCCCUCAUUUGCUUUGUCGUGGAAGUUUGAGAGUUCAUGGCAUCAAAGAAUGACAACAUUGGUGUGGCA